GAUCACAUAAUUAGCUCUGUAGUAAUUCUGCUAUUGAAUAUUAUAAAACGAUUGUCUGUGUGAAGUAUUAAGUGGUGACAGUGAUGAUGGGGAAGAUAUGCGUUGAGUGGCAGUGGGUGCGAAACAGUGUCAAGAUUGAGGGGCGGCGUUGGCCGACGGCCAUGGGCACGUGGCGUCGUAAGGAAGCCCGAUGCGAUGCGACGUAAACACGCCUAUUCGCACAACUGAUCUUGGCCAGAUCUUGACCCAUUAACACGGGUGCCGAUGUCAGAGCUGUGUCGCUUUGGGGUAUUAAUAGCUGGUAAGCGGGAGCGGGGUUGUGUUGAGCGUACGCGCACUCCGCCUACGGGCCAUUCCACGAGAUCUCCGUGCGCCGGGACCAUGAUCGCGGGAAAAUGACAUCUCGAGGCAUAAGACGGAAGAAAUCCUCACUCUCCGAAGUGAAAGUGGCUGUGAUCGGUGCACCGUCUGUCGGCAAAAGCGCGUUGACGGUCCGAUUCCUCACUAAGCGGUACAUCGGAGAAUACGAUCAUCAGCAAGAUAGCAAGUACAAACACGAAGCUCUUCUAGAUGGUGAACCAAUAUUGUUUGAAAUAUUGGACACGUGUCCAAAGAGUUUGGACGAGCUACCUGGCAACGAAAUAGCGCAAUGGGCUGAUGGUUUGUUCCUGGUUUACUCCAUCACUGACCGCGAAUCGUUUAACUACGUGCGUCGAGCCAAGCAAAGUCUUCAUCCAGAUGUUCCGCUCACACUUGUAGGCAAUAAGGCUGAUAUGGUACAUUUAAGACAGGUGAGUCCAGAAGAAGGUGAAAUAUUAGCGAAAGAUUUUGAAUGCAGCUUCGCUGAAGUAGCUGCGGCAGAGCAGGUGAAUCAAGUUGGAGAGGUGUUCCAUGAACUUUGCCGUGAUGUGUUAUCUCUCAGGAAACGGGCGAAACACAGCUUGCUUGAUAGAAUGCUCGGCUCGAAAAGCGCAUAUCGAGUCUAUUCCAGAGGGAAAAGUGACAGCGCAUUACCCAAAGACUAAUUAUAGACAAUAUUAUGUGCAUUUAGUCACUUAAAGUUUGUUAAGUAGAUUGACCUUAUUUUGUGGUUGGUUAGAGAAAAUGGUUCCAUUUCAUAAUAACUUGUGCUAUUUGUAUAUGAUUAAAAUUAACAGUGGAAAAUCGAUAACAAUGUAAUUUGCAAUAUUUUGAUACAUGCAAUAUUAUCUGCUAAAUGU